AUGAUACCAAGACAAGGUGCAAUAUUAGCCUUGAUGCGAUUCUUAGAAAAAUAUGCCAAACACGGAAAAAUUGGCACGUUAGCAAUUGAUCACAUAUUGCGAAUGGCUCGUUUUAUAUUAGAUACAAAUUAUUUUGUUUAUAAUAAUAAAUACUACAGACAAAUACGUGGUGGAGCUAUGGGUUCAGCUUUUACACAAGUGUUAGCUAAUAUCUAG